AUGAGAGAGUUAUCCUUCCGUUGUGAUGUAAGUGAACUAAAAGUAUCCAGUGGUUCAAAGGAUAUUUUAGGUCCUGUUCUGGGUCCUAACCUAUACCAACUGCCAGGUGUUGACCUUGACUCGGCGCGUCACCUUGGCUCGGUCGAUCUACCCACAUCUAUUAUGCAUGACGCAUUCUAUUUGAAAAGCAAUUGGAUCUGCGAUAGCGGUACAAAGUGGAACCAUAAGAUGGCCACUUUGCAAUAUUUUAAAUACAUAUAUUUAUAA